UUUUUUCGGCGCGGUCGUUGCCGAAAUCUUUUCCACGUUACCAGCCUCGACGUGACGGGAUUUCGUUUCUUCAUUUCUUCGAAACUUCCAUCUUCUGUCCUUUUACCGAGUCUUAUACGCUGACUCUGCCUUCAAGAAUGCCUUCAGAGGAUACCAAGGAACGAAUCGCAAAAGUCGUGGAUGUUACACGGACAUUCCUCCACUACGCUUGGAUACCAAUGAUCAUAUACGUUGGGUUUACACGGAGUAACCCCCAGCCCUCGUUGAUAAAGUCCGUCGCUAUUUCAAUUUUCUCAGAAUACGACUUCACUAAUUAUUAUACUUAAGACUAAUUAGUCCGCUAGCAUAAUGGCUGUAUGAUAUUCAUGUCAUUCAAUACACCUCUUCUCUUGUUUGUGUCUAUCGUUCGUGCAAUGAACAGCUUCGUCGGUUGUCGCUCUUGGU